AUGGAACACAAUUUGGACGACUCUUUAAACUUGGAAAGUGCUAUGGGCAAUAUGGAUUUUGACCACGAGGCUGGAGUAGUGAGUCAAGAAGACAUACCCUUAGAAACAACUGGUCAUGAACCAGAUAUUCCAAUGGAAUUUGAGAGUAUUGAGGAACAACAGAUGCUCAUGGACACUGGCACUGAAGAGAUUAUAGUUUCAGAUUUUAUGAAUGACCAGUACACAUUGCAAGAGUAUUCUGUGCAAGAUGAUUCUGUACCAGAAACAAGUGGAUUGGAUGAAGUACAUGGUCUGAAUGUGAUGCAAGCUCAAGAAGAGUCCAUGAUCGACUUGCAAUUUGAGCCAGAUAUUCCUCAUAGUAUGACACAAGAAGUUACCACAACACAUACACAACCUAAAUACAUUGCAGUUAAGGCUGCAAUACCACGCAAGAAGAAUGAGACAGUGGUCACAAGUAACCCGCCACGGCAAGUGCCCAUAGCCCCAAAGCCGCCUAAGUUGGUACCUUCAGGGCUACCAAUGUCCACAGCCACCUUCUCAUCAGGGAAGCAAUAUGCAAUAGCACCAAAACCUGUCGCCCUCGUCACAACAAAGAAUGCCAACGUAGUGAAGAAAAUGACACUCUCUAGUGUUAUACAGGGUGGGGCCAAAAGUGGAAACUCGUUUUUAACUCAAAUAGGAAAGCAACUGGUGAUGGUUCCUGCAAGUGGUGGCCAGAAAAUCAAACUAGUUACAUCUGGGUCGGGAUUGCCAGUACAAUAUGUGCGAGCAAGCAGUGACCAGGCGGAACUUAUAAAAAAUGUCAGCAGCGGCAAUACUCAGAAGCCUGUGUUAGCGAAAGUUAUUGUUCAAGGUCAAUCUAACACGGACCCUGCAAGCCAGUCCGCUGUCAUAACUAAACUGCUACCUUCAUCAUCCGCUGCCAAUUUGCAGACUCGUUAUGUUAUACAACAGAAAACUGUACCCAUCUCUAUAGGAACUAAUAAGGUGAUAAUGGCGUCUCCAACAAACCAAGGGGUGAAAUUCGCGAAGAAACAAUUAAUAGCUAUUAAGUCGCCUACAUCUACCAUCGCACCGGCGACGACACCAGUUGCCACUACUACCAAGAAGGUAGUUAUAACGGCGAAUCCAAGUCAAAAUGUUAUACUGAAGACUACGGCACCUCCUAAAACAGCACAGAUAAAGAAGGAUGGUAAUGUAGUGAUACAAGGACAACGAUCGCAAAUACAUCAAAUUAAUGUUCCUGGGAAAGGCGUUCAAUACAUUCGACUGAUAACCAACCCUAUAACCGCAACACAGAAGCAAUUCUUAAAAGGAUCUACUUCUGCUGUGGCUGCACCCUCCAAAAGUUUCGUCCUAAGUGAUAGUAAAGGUAACCUCAUUCAGAUGACUGCAGAGAAAAUGGACAGUGGCCAGCCACCUCCACUGGUACUCACAGGAAGUACGACAGCAAAAAUUACUACGAAGCCGAAAAAGUUGGUACGAAUAGCUCCGGGUACUGUGAAACCCGCGCAAACUGUGCAGUUACAGCAACAGUCGGCCCGUUCGUCACAAAGUUUACUAGCGCCAUUAUCACCGAUGGCUGAACACAACUUGGAGGAAGUGACAGACCUUUUAGAUGGUGGCAGUACCAAUGACGAAGUGGAUGUGUCAGGGAAUGAUGCGUUCGAGCAUUCUGGUGACCGGGAAAUUGAACGAGAAGCUGAUCGAAGUGAAGACGAAAGAGAGUCUAAAGCCGCGCUGAGAGCUCUCAUUGCCGACACCGUGGGUGAAGACUCGCAAGACAACCACGGCGUACACGAAAUUGAAAUUGACUUUGAGAGGCGACAGUCUUCAGCAGAUGAUGAGAAUACGAACAGCAUGGACCACGACAGUAGCCACAGGUCGGAUGAACAUCCACUUAUCGUCAUACCUUCCAGUUUCAACAAGCAGAUGAGGGAGGAAAGGAGUUUUACCACUAUAGAGCAUGAAGUCUUGCCUUACCUCUCACCAAAAGCAUCUCAAGCUCUCUCAGAAAGCGAUUUAGUGUCGGGUGAUUUGGGACUCAGGCCUCGUAAGGCGUGUAACUGCACGAAGUCGCAAUGUCUCAAGUUGUACUGCGACUGUUUCGCGAACGGCGAGUUCUGCAACCGCUGCAACUGUAACAACUGUCACAAUAACCUGGAGAAUGAAGAGCUCAGACAAAAGGCUAUCAGGGCCUGUCUCGAUAGGAACCCUAAUGCUUUUAGGCCUAAGAUAGGUAAAUCGAAAACCGGUGGUCCAGAUAUUAUAAGAAGGCACAACAAAGGGUGUAACUGUAAAAGAAGCGGCUGUCUCAAAAACUAUUGUGAAUGUUAUGAGGCAAAGAUAGCGUGUACGUCGAUGUGCAAGUGUGUGGGGUGUCGCAACGUGGAGGAGACGUUGGAGAGGCGACGGGAUGCCAUGCGGCUCAGGGACAAACUGUCCGACCCCAUGUUCAGACCACCAGCCAUCGGACAAGUCAAGCAACCGUGCAGCUUCAUGACGUCCGAGGUGAUAGAGGCAGUGUGCCAGUGUCUGCUGGCGGCCGGCGUGGAGGGGGACGGGGGCGCGGGCGACGGGGGCGCGGCCGCGGGGGCGGGCGCCGGCCUGGAGCCGCGCCCCGAGCCCGACCCCAUGCGUGACGUCAUCGAGGAGUUCGCGCGCUGUCUGCAGGACAUCAUCAGUGCUUCCCACCAGUCUACUUCGCUCUCUGUACUCGAUGAUGUAAGUACCGACUGUGUCCUAGUUAGGUAG